AAGAGAGAAAAAAAAUAUCACUCACUUUCUCUCUAUCUACCUUUCUCUUUCUCUUUCUCUUUCUUUCUUUCUCUCUCUCUCUCAUCGCUCAGACUUGGAGAACAAGUUCACAAAUGAGGAAUAUGUGCUCUUGAUUUAAAAAUCCAUGGAUGGUAGAGAAACAGGAGAGCUAAAGACGACCAUCGAUCAAAUUAGCAUGGCGAAUUCCACUGUUUUUUCGGAUGAGAUUAUUCCAGGCAGCAACUUUGCUUCUUUUGCAUCAUCAGGCGGCAGCAUAUUUGACAUGUCUGAUAAUAAUCAGAGAGGCUCUGGGUUCAUGGACUUGCUUGGAUUUCAAGACUUCAACAUGCCCCCUUCUUUAUUCGAUUUCUCCUCUUCCCAAACGACGUCCUCCUCCUCCUCGAUGAUGAUGGUGAUGAUGCCACCUCACCACCAACAGCAACAACAACCACCACUUGCCUCUCCGGCUUCCACCCCUACUGCAGUUGCUCUGCCGGAGAGGGAGAGUACGGCGUCGGAGGUGCUGAACGGUAGUACGGCUCCUACGACGCCCAACUCCUCUUCAAUCUCUUCGUCGUCCAAUGAAGCUGCUGGCAAUAAGAAUGAGGACCAGACGACGACCAAGGCUCAGGAUGAGGAAGCUGAUGAGCAGAACCAAGAUCCCGAAAAAACCCAGAAACAAUUGAAGCCCAAAAAGAAGAACCAAAAAAGGCAAAGAGAGCCGAGAUUUGCGUUCAUGACCAAGAGUGAGGUUGAUAACCUAGAUGAUGGCUACCGAUGGCGCAAGUACGGCCAAAAAGCUGUCAAAAACAGCCCUUAUCCCAGGAGCUAUUAUCGUUGCACCACAGCGGCCUGUGGUGUGAAGAAGAGGGUGGAGAGGUCCUCCGACGACCCUUCCACUGUGGUCACAACAUACGAAGGCCAGCACACCCAUCCAAGCCCCAUUACGCCACGUGGCACCAUGGGGAUUGCACCUUUGCCUGACCAGCCUUCUGCCUUCUCCUCAUCUCCUUUUGGUGUUCAACAGUUAUUACCUCAUCAUCAUUAUCAACAACAACAACAACAACUGCAGCCGCAGUAUUCGUAUAUUUAUAGCUCAGCCCCUUCUUUGAAUAUUAGCUCACCUGGUUAUGGGGGUGGUGCUUUUAACCCCUCCUCAUUUUCUACUGGUUUACUUCAAGAGAGAUAUAAUUUUGGAUCACCUUCUUCUUCUUCCUCUGCGGCUUCUAAUUUGCUUAGAGACCAUGGACUUCUUCAGGACAUCGUGCCACAGAUUCGAAAGGAGGCCAAAGAAGAAGAUCAUCAUCAUCAAUAGAUCCCCAUCAUAAUAUUGAUUGUUUUAUGUGUUAAGUGCUGCUGCAGGCUUGGUAUGUAAUUUUCUAACUGACUAGACUACUACUUAAUUGGGUUCAUCUUUAGAAAAGAAGAAUUCACUUCAUCACCAUUUUGGAUCGAAUAGCUAGCUUAGCUAGUGUACCUGCGCUGCGCACCUUUCAGAUUUUAAUUCGCUUUGUAAAAUCACUACUAGCCUUUUGGCCUGUUGGGGGACUGGUUUAUUCGUACUUGAGCUUUUCAUGUUAUUCUUUGUACUUAGAAUAUAUAUCUUCAUGGAGUUGUUAACUGGCUUUUGUAUAUAAUUUUUCCUUUUUUUUU